ACGGUUCUGCCGAUCCUCCCGGGACAAGGGUCGUGGAUCACAGAUUGAAACUGGAGGUCACGUUGGUGACGAGGACUCUGUCAGUUGCUGGCUUAGAGGUGGAUCCAUGCUGGUUGGGUAACCAACCUAACACCUCAUCCAGUCACAAUGGCAGCAGCAACUGGAGCGGGAGGACUGGGUAUCCACAAUACCCUGCGAGUCAGUGUGAAGACCUCGGCGAGGGGACUCCCUUAUCAAAGGACCUGUUCAUGAGGAAGGUCUUGCUAGAGGUCUGCAAAUUCGAGGCCAAGGACAUCUUCUGCCUCCAGGACUUCCCGGGUAAUGGAUACUUUGACGUCACCUUCAAUAUCCGACGGGAUGGCAGACAUUGAUGCAAGACUUCCGGGAGAAGGGGAAUGACGCUCCGCUGUCGCUGCUGAAGGUGCAGCCGCUCUUCACCCUCCCCACCCAGAAGGAAAGGAUGAUCACGGUGCACAUGUUCAACCCACAUGUGCCCGUUGUGGAUGUCCUCACCUUCCUGGCUCGUCAUGUCGAGGGAGCAGGGAACUGUGUGGACGUGAAGGACCUGUUCGGGAUCUGGACGAGCAAGCGGCAAGUAAAGGUGAAGCUGAGAGUGGACAAGGACGGAGCCAUCAUCCACCCUCCAGUGUUCACUAUCAGAGGGAACCGAGGAUACAUGGCCUACACGGGGCAACCCAGGCUGUGCAGGAAAUGCAACAAGCCUGGGCAUGUGGCGGCCCAAUGCAGUACAGUUGUCUGCAAGAACUGCAAGCUGAAGGACCACGCAACAAAGAACUGCCAAGUCAGCAAGAACUGCAAUCUGUGCGGGGAGGCAGGCCACCUUUACAGGGCCUGCCCUAAACGAGCCUGCACCUACACACGGGCAUCAACACCCCAUAGUGGGUGAGACGCCAAGGCCCCAGCAGAAAGGGAGAACAGGGAUGACAGCCCGACCACCUCAAGCCCCCAAGUGCCGGAUUCACAACUGAUUCUGGAGAGGUCUGCAGGGGUCCCUGUCACAGUUUAUUCCAAACAGCUCCGUCACAGAGGACUCUAUUAUUUACGGACUGUUCCCAGGGACACAUUCAGAGACUGACAUCGAGUGCUGCUGGAAGGUCAUCAACUCGGUGGAAGACGCUCUUUGGUCUGCCUGAGCAUUGUUCACCACCCAGCGGAGCGAGAUGUUCGUCGAGGUAUGUUGCCGACUGGCCCGCUGCAGACUGCAGGAGUACAUGCUGAGGGACGCACUGAAGCUUGGUGCAGCCAACGCCAAGGCUCGGUGGGGGAGGACCACAGUCUAGGGUCCUUCCGCUGCUGGACAAGGGGGGCACGGUAUGGUGGAGACACCCCUCCAAAUAAGGGAAGGAAUUCCACGCCAGUGGGCCACAUGAGUGGCAAGGGUGGGAGAUACAUUGCUCAUAUUUCACAAAUUUAUGUAGACUGUGAAAAAGCUACUUAUCUUAACUACUAAACCAGGUUCGCUUCUUAAUAAACAGACACCACACAAACUGUUUUGGUAGACCAGUUCAAAACUUUACUUAACAUCAACUGCGUUGAAUAUUUUGUAUAGCCUCCGAAAAUGUCGGAUGAAUUUUUUGCACAAUUCAUGCAUUGUAUAUUUAUUACCUGAAUAAAGUCUAUUUUGAAAUUUAAAAAAAAAAAAAUGAGGUGCUCUAAUAUACAGUAUAGCCUUGUGUAGGAAGGAACUGCAGAUGCUGGUUUAAACUGAAGUAUAGCCGCGAUUGUCCUAUCCGAUCCUUGUGGUGUGUUUUAAAGUUUUC